AUGUCUUCCAACCUGUUAAACUUCAACAAGCCAUGCAGCGGUUGUCGACGACGCAAAGUCCGCUGCGACAAGGCGAAGCCGUGCCUCAACUGCGUCCGCCAUGGCAUACCCUGCAUCUACGACCCACAGAGGGACUUCGGCGUUCCCACCCCCGAGAGCCAGCAUCAGCUUCAGGACAGAGUCGACCGCUUGGAGAGGGUCAUCGAAGAUAUGAGGAGCAUGUCCUUAUGGGGUGACUCGCAAAGGGGCCUCGGCAGCGCGUUCCCCUCGGUGAGUCCCGCCACGAGUCACUUUGGCGAGCCUCACCGCGACGAGUCGAUGGCCGGUGACCCCGGAAUGCAAGUGUACGACGACAAUAUGUCCUACUAUCUUGGGCCGAACCACUGGCUCAACCUUCAGGAUAUCGUCUUCGAACCGCGGUGUCUCUUCCACAUCGACCCGGACAAGACCGGCAAGAACCCUACCAGUCCGUCCUCGUGGCCUCUCGUCCGGACGCCCGCUCUGACGAACCUUUCCCAUCUGCAUCUCGAGCCCGAAAAGGAGGACAUCUUGACGGAUCUCUUCCUGGCGCACGUCGAGCCUUUGGUCAAAAUGUGCCACGACGCCUACUGGCGGCAAGAAAUAACGGACUUCAGGGUUGGGGUCCACAAGACGCCUGUUGAUAUAGAGGCCGCCAUGUUCGCGACACAGGCCAUGACUGUGGCGGCCUUGCCAGCAAGCGUCGUCCAAGAGAGACUUGGGAAGUCCAAGAAGGAUCUGUUACGGCACCUUCAGGAGGCAUCACAGUUGGCACUCGAGCGGGCUGACAUCAUGCGCAGCCGUAACCCCGUUGCCUUCUUUGCCUUGCUCUAUCACAUUCAAAUGAAAUUCAUCGUUGGAGACGGAGAGGUUGCUGUUGCUCUGCUUGGUCUGGCGGGUCGCUUCGGGACAAGGCUUGGACUACACAGGAACCCCAGCCAUUAUAACUAUUCACCGUGGAUAGUGAACAUGAGAAGUCGGCUAUGGAGCCACUUCGAACUGAUGGACAACCCGUCGUAUAACCUCGAAGGCGCUGAUUCGGGGUUACCAUUCAUUUCCGACGUCCAGCCGCCGAAGAACGCAAACGACGCCCAGUGGGUGCCGAAUAGGUUCGCGAAACCCGGCUCGGCGCCCCCAGACCAAGACGGCAUCACCGACAUGUCAUUCGCGCUCGUGCGGCAACAUCUGGUCAGGACCAUGCAGUUCAUAAUCCGGAAGCGUAACGACGUCGGUGCCGCCGAGGAGCUUGGCCGCCUCGUGGACGAGACGGAAAACUUCAUCACGGCCAAGUUUGUCGCGCACGCGGACGGCUCAUACCCCAUUCAUGCCGUCAUGGCGUCUUACUUCCGCGGAAGCAUUAAGAGCAUGAGGCUCCUCGUUGACGGCAUCGCGGCCCGAUUCUACCAAGAAAGCGUCGAGAUUCUAGAGGAGAUGGAGCGCGGCGAAGCGGUGGCUGUCCAGAACCACUGGGGCUGGCUGUACCGGUGGCCGAAGGCGCCGUACCUGAUUUCCGACACCCUGAUCGGCCUCGCCCAGCAACCAAAACACCCAAUCACGGACCGGGCGUGGCGGCAGAUGAACAUUGCGUUCCGCAGGCACAACAACGAGGACAUCAGCAUGCGCAACUUCGCGGCGUGGCGGGUGAUCGAGGCGCUGUGCGACCAGGCGAUGCUCUACCACAAGCAUAAGUCACAUCAGGGGGCCUGGUACGCCCAGAGGCUCGACCAGGCCCGCUCCGUGACGACUCCGGCGCAGGGAAAGCCCCCGAUGAGUCUUGAACACGCGACCCUAGACGACAUCUUGGGCGAUGUCCAGAUGUUCGGCCAAGACGCCUCUCACCACGGAGGGAUCAGUUUCUACGGGCCGCAGCAGGAUCUCGGAACCAUUGGGUAUCCUGACUGGGCCCAGCCAGCCCACUCUCACGGGCAGGGCGUGCCGCCUGCGCAUCAGCCGCCUGAGGAUAGCGAAGAAAUAUAA